UUCCAGCUACAUUGGGGCUGCAGCUUCAGAGAUUCCCUGAGACCUCUCCCUGGUCUCCAGCACAUCCUCACUUCCCUUGGUGGGACCAGACACUUCAGUGGAGGUGAAGAUCUGAAGAUCCGAGGAUCAUGCCAUCGGUCUUUGUGGAAGUGGUUAGGAGCGUGCUCAAAGAGGUGUACCUCAGAGGAGAGCUCAUCCCAGUGGACAGCCUUGGCAACUCUACCAGCUUCAGGCCCUAUAGCCUCUUGACCAAGAAACUCUCAAGCUCGUGGUUCUGGAAAUCCCGUUAUAGGUGUGUCAACCUGUCAAUCAAGGACAUCCUGGAACCCAAUGCUCCAGAACCAGAACCAGAAUGCUGUGAUCACUUCGGGAUCUCUGUUGUUGUUGAUGGGAAUAUCCAGGGCCGGAUGGCACUGGCAGGCAAAGGAUAUGGAGAGAUUUCUGGUGCAGCUGCAGUGUCUAACAGUUGCAAUGUCUCCGUGAACGUGAGAAUACUGCGUGUGGCUCAGAACACCUGGGAUGUCCUGCAACAUGAGAGGUGCCUGCGGCAGCCGGAACACAGAAUCCUGCAACAGCUUCGGAGCCGUGGAGACGAUGUAUUUGUGGUGACAGAGGUGCUGCAGACAGAGGAGGAGGUGCAGGUCACCCAGAUCCAGAGCAAAAAGGGCUUAGGCCAGUUUGCAGUGCCUGGAGCUUUCUUGAAGGGUGAAGGCGGGGGCCAGCUAAGCCGGAAGAAGAUGGUGACCAUUCCUGCAGGCAGCGUCCUUGCAUUCCGGGUCACCAAGUUGCUCAUUGACCCUACAUGGGACAUCCUUCUCUUCCCUGAUGAAAAGAAGAGGACCUUUGAGCUGCCCCCAUCAAAGUAUGACCAGAGACAGCGUUCCUUUAGCCUGCUUGCUAUACUACAACCUAAGCAUUUGGAACCUAUGGAAGUUUAUGCGCAGUGUCGACAUGUCGACCCUGAGGCUCCACAGCUUGCGAAUCAGAUCUCUAGAUUUGACCCACCUACCCAGGGUUCCCCAAGACCUCAUAGGUAUAAGUUGGGAGAGCCCUUUGUCCCUCCAGAUGAAAUCAAUGAGGAACAGGUGGUCAGAAAAGACUUCCAAGGCCUGCAUGCAGAAGUGAAGGCUGGAUGCACACAACUGGGGGACUUAGAAAUGGAGUUAAGACAACAGCUGCUAAUGGACAUUGGGAGGAUUUUACAUGACCAGCCCAACAUGGAAACCCUGGAGGCCUCACUGGAACAGGCCCUGUGCAUUGGUGAAGAGGUGGAACCUCUGGAUGGCCCAGCAGGUAGCAUCCUCAAGUGUCUGAUGCUUUCCUCUGGAAAAUUGAUGCUGGAAUUCGCUGCCUCCAUCUUCUACCUGUUGGGAGCACUGACUGUGCUGAGUGAAACCCAGCAACAGCUGCUGGCUAACACUCUGGAGACAAUGGUGCUGUCCAAGCAGCUUUAGUUGGUGGAGCAUAUCCUGGAAAAGAGCUCCCCAUGGCAGAAGCAGAGCUCUGUGGUCCUACCCUCCAGACUAUUUGGAAACAGCUGGCAUGAGGAGGCUCCCAUCUGGAUCUUGCUAGAAGAAUGUGGCCUAACACUGCAGGUGGACACCCCCCAGGUGCACUGGGAACCAACAUCUCAGGGCCCCACUUGUGCCCUCUAUGCCUCCCUGGCUCUAUUGUCAAGUCUCAGCCAGGGACCUUACAAGUCUGCAUGCCUCCCUUCCCCCAGCAUCCUCAUGUCCUGCUUCAAGCGAGGGCAGAAUUCAACCACAGGGCUACAAUACAAGGAAGCAGGAUUAGGAGUUGGAAAAACUCAAUAAA